UCUUCAACCUGCGGUCACACUGGUUUUGUGCACGUUGUGUUUAUGUUCUGGUUGAGCUCGGAGAAUGCAGAGAAAGGAACCGAAUCCCUUCAUAAAAGUUGGCUUGCGUCCUUGGCUAGCCAAGCAGCUGCUGCGACUAGGCCUCAAGGGAGCUACACCCAUACAAGAAAAUUGCAUACCAGCGAUUUUAGAUGGCAAGGAUUGCAUUGGAGCAGCAAAGACUGGAUCUGGCAAAACGUUUGCGUUUGCCUUACCCAUUUUGGAGAAACUAAGCGAAGAGCCUGUCAGUCAUUUUGCCUUAGUGCUAACGCCCACACAUGAACUGGCGUAUCAAAUAUCCGAGCAGUUUCUGGUGGCUGGUCAACCAAUGGGUGUCCGAGUUUGCGUUGUCUCUGGCGGCACCGAUCAGAUGAUCGAGAGCCAGAAGCUGAUGCAACGACCACACAUUGUUGUGGCGAUGCCAGGUCGCUUGGCAGAUCAUCUGACUGGCUGCACUACGUUUUCAUUUGAUAACUUGAAGUAUCUCGUGGUGGAUGAAGCGGAUCGCAUGCUGAAUGGUGAUUUUGAUGAGAGCUUGGCCAUCAUCGAAAGUUGCCUCCCAAAGACACGUCAGAACUUGUUCUUCUCGGCCACCAUGAAGGACUUUAUCAAAGAGUCUAGCAUAUUUCCCAUAGCCAAGGAUUGCUUAGAAUGGUCCCAGGAUUCGGAUGUGGCCACCGUGGAGACGCUCGAUCAACGUUAUUUGCUGUGCGCUGAUUAUGAUCGCGAUAUGGUGCUCAUUGAAUCUCUACGCAAAUAUCGCGAACAACAUGAACACGCAAAUGUUAUGAUUUUUACAAACACAAAGAAGUACUGUCAACUGUUGUCUAUGACCUUGGCCAGCAUGGAGAUUGAGAAUGUUUGCUUGCAUGGUUUCAUGCGGCAAAAGGAACGUGUCGCAGCUUUGAGUCGCUUCAAAUCGAAUCAAGUGCGCACCCUAAUAGCCACAGAUGUCGCCGCACGCGGUCUUGACAUACCUAGUGUGCAGCUGGUGAUCAACCAUAUGCUGCCACGCACCCCAAAGGAAUAUAUACAUCGAGUGGGACGCACUGCACGAGCCGGACGCAAUGGAUUGGCCAUAUCGAUAUUCCGGUUUCCCCGUGAUAUGGAAUUGCUGGCUGCAAUCGAGGCCGAGAUCAAUACAAAGCUAACUGAACAUCCCAUUGAUCAGCGCAUGGUGGAGCGCAUAUUCAUGCAAGUGAAUGUCACAAGACGCGAGUCGGAGAUGCAGCUGGAUAACAACGAUUUUGAUGAGCGUGCUCAAAACUACAGACGUAAAACGUGGAUAAUGGAGGGCAAGGAUCCUGACCAAAUGGAGGCACUCUAUCGCAAGAAACAAAAGGAUAAACUGCGGGAAAUACGACGCAAGCGUAAACAACAGCAAGCUGAGUCCGCAGCCAGUGAGGAAACCAAGACAAUGUUAUUGGAUGAGCGUUUUAAGUCUGUGGAUAGUGCGCGCUUUGAAAAGAAGUUCAAAAAGCGUUCGACAAAGGAAACAGAAGCUGACGGCAGCAAAUCGAAAACGCUAACAAAACAGUUUAAAGCAAAAGCACCAGCCAAGACGACAUCGACAUCAAAAGUAAAGCAGACUGCGAAUGCGAAGCGCAAGGCGAAAGUAAAGAGAUAAAAUGGUUUAAAUAAAUUGUG